AUGUCUUACAACAAGCCUGAGAAAGACUUCGGCGAGGGCCCCAAGAUCCACAAGAUCCGCAUCACCCUCACCUCCCGCAACGUCAAGUCGCUCGAGAAGGUCUGCCAGGAGCUCAUCGACCGUGCCAAGAACAAGGAGCUCCGCGUCAAGGGCCCCGUCCGUCUCCCCACCAAGGUCCUUAAGGUCACCACCCGUAAGACCCCUAACGGUGAGGGUUCCAAGACCUGGGACACCUACGAGAUGCGCAUCCACAAGCGCCUCAUCGAUCUUCACGCCCCCACCGAGGUUGUCAAGCAGAUCAUCAUCAACAUCGAGGCUGGUGUUGAGGUUGAGGUCACCAUCGCCGCAUAA